AUGUCUAUAUUAAAAUCAACAUUACAGGAUCAAAUAGAAAUUUACAUUAGGAAACCUGACCCAAAUCUACUGAAAUAUACACGAAAACAUCAUUUGUAUGAGAUUUUUGAGGCACUUUUAAGUGGUUUAAGCGUCAUGUUACCAGAAAAUCCUCGUAAAUGGAUUGCAGAAAAACUUCAACUUCUUUACGAUAUUGGUUUUAUGAGUUUAAACUGGGAUACAUUUGUUGAUCCGGAUAUGAAACCUUCUCAUCCAUAUGUCGAUCAUGAAUUAAUGCAUUCCCUAUUUGGUACAUCAAAACUAGAAUUUCUGUUACCAGAAGAAUUACAAUAUCAACCUACACCUGAAAUGUUAGCAAAAGCCUAUGCUGCUCAUAAACAAUCAAUAUUAAAAAAGUGUUUCAGCGCCUGGAAAUUACAUUUUAUAAUCAAAAAAGCACGAGUGAAUUAUAUGUACAAAAUAAACUUUAUUGCAAAAAUAAGUAUGAAAUUUAGAUUGCAAAAGAUUAUAUUUCGAGGAUGGCAAGAAUAUACACAGUUUGUGAAAAGUAAACAAAAAAUGGCACAAUCAUUAAUAACACAAAUUAAAGACUUCACAGUGACAAUGUUAUAUUUUAAAGCCUGGCGGAGGAAUGUUGCAGAAGCUCGGAAAACAAGGGAUUAUUUUUCAAAAAUGCAAGAAAAGUCAGAUGGUGAAAAGUCAGAUGAUUCAGAGUCUGAAAAUCAACUACUUACUUUAGGUGGUAAAAUAAGCGAUGUUGAAAAUUAUCGUGACCGAUUUUCUGAAUUACCUGACACCAUACAAUAUAAAAUAUUUGGUUACUUAACACCCAUAGAUUUAGCUCGAGCUGCCUGUGUAUCUCAUUAUUGGUGGUCUGUAGUUAGUGAAAUGGAUAAGAAAAAUACUUUGGAUUUAUCGUGCUUUGGUAAAAGGUUAACAGAAGAACUUUUAUUUAGGCUUACAAGAAGACGUCGAAUGUAUCUGCGUCAUAUCAACUUACGUAAUAGUAGUCUGUGUACUUUAAAUUCAUUUCGUUGUUUAACUAGUUGCGCUAAUUUACAGGAUAUCAAUUUAUCCAAAUGCACUGGUAUCACAGAUGAUGCAGUUCGUAUAAUAACUGUUGAAUGUAGUUUACUUCUUUACUUGAAUUUAUCAUAUACUCAAAUUACUGAUGAUUCAGUUCGUCACAUAGCGAUCAAUACAAAAAUGUUACAAUAUUUGAGUUUGGCCUAUUGUACACGAUUAAAACAACUUUGCUCAACUUAUUUCAAUCAAUUAGAAAGUUUCAAGUCAUUAAUUUAUUUGGAUUUAUCUGGAUGUAUUUACAUUGAGUCGGCUGGUUUACAAACAAUUAUUAAAAGUGUGACACAAGUGGAACAUUGGAUACUGAACGAUCUCCCAUGGAUUUCAGAUACUGAUCUUAAUGUUCUUGGAUCCAACUGUUCAGUAAUACACACGUUAGAAAUGGUCAAUAAUCAAAACGUAAUUAUAUCCGGUUUAAAUUAUCUUUCAAAAACUUGUCUUUUCCAUGAAAAAUCAACUCCAGUCGAUGGUGCUGUACAAAUAAAAAAUAAGCAAAAUAGACCAAUCACAUCUAUUGGUUUAAUUCAUAAACAUGCUGAUUCAACUCUAAAUAAUUCAAAUUCAACUAUUAGUUGUUUAAUUACGGAUUGUGGUCUACAAUCAGUAUGUGGGAAAAAUUUAAAUAGACUCCUUGUUUCAAAUAUGAGUUCAAUAGAUGGAUCUGGAUUGAAUAAUAUUGUACCAAAUGAUAAUGUUUCAAGAAGACAUUCUAAAAGUAAAGCUCAUCGUUUAUCGAAACCGAAUUCUGGAUUCCUUGAAAAUGGUAGUUUAAAUUUACUAGAAAUUUCAUUCGUUGAUUGUCCAAAGAUGAAUGAUAUCCUGCUUCAACAUUUAAUACCUUUGCCGCAUUUAACUGUUUUAAAGUUAAGUGGAUGUGAAAGUCUUACAGAUCAAGGUAUAAAAUUAUUAACUGAUGGGGCAUACGCGGAUAAUUUAAAAGAACUGUACUUAGCAAGAUGUGACAAAUUAACUGAUAAGGCGAUUCAUUUAAUGAGUGCACGACUACUUAAUUUAGCUUACUUGAGUUUGGCAUCAUGCCCCUUGAUUUCUGAUGGAGCCUUCGAACUCCUAGGUCAGUUACAAAAGUUAUGGCAGAUAAAUUUAAAUUCUACUAAACUUGGUGAUCGAGGUUUGUCGGCUCUUGGAUCACUGCCUAAAUUACAUGAACUGAAAGUGUCUAAAUGUACCGCCAUCACUGAUUUAGGAUUGCAAAAGUUUGCACAUCUUCGUAUAAACUUGGAAUUUAUUGAUUUAUCAUUUUGUCACAAUUUGACAAACAAUGGAAUUAAAACACUAGCAUUUUGUUGUCAUUUCCUUACCAGUAUUAAUUUAGCUGGGUGUAAGCUGCUGACAGAUAUGGCUGUACAAUAUAUUUCCGGAGUAUGUCAUUAUCUAACGUUUCUUGAUUUGUCAGGUUGUGAAUUGAUCACGGAAACAUCUUUAAGUUUUUUACUGAAAGGUUGUAAAAAACUUGAACAUCUUCGACUAUUAUACUGCAAGUCAAUUAAAAAACAUAAAUUAAUUCGAUUAACAACUGGAAAAAUUGAAAGAAUUGAACAUUCAAUGGAUGAACCUCCAGCUGAAUUUAUUGGUUAUUUAAUAAAAGAAAACGCAUAG